AUGCUCUCUCGUUUUCCCACUUUUCUCCGCACUCUCCACCCACCCUUCUCCGGCGAUGCCAUGGCGGCGCGUGUUUUUUCACGCGCUCUGCCCACCACCGAUGUUCUAUGCUCUCACAAUUCGUCGUCGCAUUCGAGUCGACUUCCUAACUCGCAUUUCGAGAGGGUUUGGAAAUGUGUUUGCAUCGCAGAGAGCGUACCGGAAGCUUCGCNGUCGAAUUCGUACGAGGAUUCCUAUUCAUUUUUUGGUAGGAGGCUCAGUUUCUUGAGCUGUGAGCAUCGAAAUCGGAGCAUUUCGAGAGGGUUUGGAAAUGUGUUUGCAUCGCAGAGAGCGUACCGGAAGCUUCGCAGGCGUCCGGCGAAGAAUAAAGAGAAAGAGUUGGAGCUCGGUGUAAAGAUUUGUAUCGAAGAACAAUUGCCCGACGAUCCUGAAAUUCUGAUCGAAAAACUCCUGAGAUAG